GGAACAAGAGGUGCAUGAUUUUGUUUAUAUGAAAAAGAGUAAUGCUUUACAAUGAGCCCACUUUCUUUAAAUAAUGAAAUUAAUCUACAGGGAAAAGUUUCACAGUAGUAUUUCCUUAAGGUGACACAGCUUUGGACUUUGUUGCUGUUUGAUAACGUUUUGUGCUCCCUACAUUAUUCACUAACAUCACCAACAUUGGUUCAGAAACUGACAAGGAGUCUGUAUACAGCUUUUUCUUAGGAAAGAGGGUUGGAGUUGCCAGCAAAAGCCAUCGAACAAGUCGAAAAAGCUAUGGAAAUGAAUAAAGUUGGAAUUUCAAAUGAUGGAUUUUCUAAGGAUGAUACUGCAUCAGAUGAAGAUUAUGCAAGUGUAAGUGACUCACUCCCAGGAAGCACAAAAAAGGAUGUUUGGAGUAAAGUGUCCAAACCAUUUGAUGCAUCUGAACAAUUUGUUAAAAAGCACAGAAAAAUUCUGAAGUAUAUUGGUAUUGGGAUCCUCUGUGCAGGCUUUGCUGCAUUCUUUAUAGCAGCAUGUGUUCUGAAUUUCAACCGUGCUGUGGCAUUGGUGGUGAUAACAUGUGUGGUGCUUUUCUUUCUCGGAUAUGACCUGGUGAAGAAAUUGUAUGGGAAACAUAUAAUUCAGUUUCUGGGACCUGUCGGGGGUUGUCUGAAAAAGAAUAGGAAAUGGCUGAAGUGGGUAUUUUGUUUAUUGGUUUUGGCUGGUCUUAUCGCUUGGCUGGUCAUAGACACUUCCAAAAGGCCAGAGCAGCUUAUUUCUUUUGGAGGAGUCUGUAUGUUUAUCCUCAUCCUUUUUCUCUUAUCUAAGCAUCACCGUGCGGUAUCUUGGAGAGCAGUGUUCUGGGGCCUUGGACUUGAAUUCGUUCUAGGAAUUUUCAUCAUCCGUACUGAACCUGGAUAUCAGGCCUUCAAGUUUGUUGGUGAACAAAUUCAGAUUUUCCUGAACUAUACAACUGCUGGCUCAGGAUUUGUGUUUGGAACUACACUCAUUCAGGAGGUGUUUGCUUUUCAGGCACUUCCUAUUGUGGUCUUCUUCAGCUGUGUCAUGUCUGUACUUUACUAUGUUGGGCUCAUGCAGUAUGUCAUCCUUAAGAUAUCUUGGUUCAUGCAAGUUACAAUGGGGACCACGGCUACAGAAUCGUUAAGUGUAGCUGGUAACAUUUUUGUAGGGCAGACAGAAGCUCCACUGUUAAUCCGUCCUUAUUUACCAGAUAUGACCAAAUCAGAAAUCCAUGCUGUGAUGACUGGGGGAUUUGGCACUAUUGCAGGCAGUGUACUGGGUGCUUAUAUUUCAUUUGGGAUUGAUGCAUCUUCACUGAUUGCUGCCUCUGUCAUGGCUGCUCCGUGUGCCCUUGCACUUUCUAAGCUGGUCUAUCCUGAGGUGGAAGAAUCAAAAUUCAAAAGUGAAGAAGGUGUAAUAAUAGAGAAAGGAGAAGAGCGGAACUUGCUUGAAGCAGCUAGUAAUGGAGCUUCUGCCUCAGUUGGGUUAGUAGCCAACAUUGCUGCCAAUCUAAUUGCAUUUAUGGCUCUACUGGAGUUUAUUAAUGCAGCUUUCUCCUGGCUGGGAGGAAUGGUGAACUAUCCACAGCUAACACUCCAGCUAAUCCUGUCCUACAUAUUUAUGCCAAUUGCUUUCAUGAUGGGAGUGAAGUGGGAUGAGGCUGGCAUGGUGGGCGAGAUGUUGGGGACCAAGAUCAUUCUGAAUGAGUUUGUGGCCUACAGGCAAUUAUCGGAAUACAAGAAUCUGCGUUUAUCCGGAGCUGAUGAAUGGAUAGAUGGACAGAGGCAAUGGAUAUCGGAACGAGCAGAGGUGAUCACCACGUAUGCUCUUUGUGGAUUUGCCAAUUUUAGUUCUAUUGGAAUUAUGCUAGGAGGGUUAUCUUCCAUGGCGACUGAACGCAAGGGUGACCUUGCCAAGGUGGUUCUUCGAGCCCUUUUAACUGGAGCGUGCGUAUCAUUUGUCAAUGCAUGUGUAGCAGGAAUUUUAUAUAACCCUCGAGGGAUCGAAAACUGCAAAGAUUUAUUGACCAGUGGAAAUUUCAUUAACGAGACAAGCUACCAAUUUUUUACCUGCUGCAGUAAUCUUUAUGAUAGCACUCAAAUCGUUAAUGGAACACUAUCAUUCGGAGAUGGAUGGGAAAACUUGCCUAAUGCUAUCUUGGGUGUAGAAAAUUGCUGUAUGUUUUAUAAUAACACUGUGUGCAAUACCUGGAUGUAAACAUUUAUUUUCAAGUAUGGAACAAGCACAUCAGCAUGACAAGAGGACUGCACUAAAGAAUCUAAUUAAUUUAUGCAUUAACAUUUUGCUUUCCUGACUGUUAUGUGGAUUACAUUAAUUGAAUGGAAAGGAAGAACUUGUUUGAGAUAAUAUUUUGUUUACCCAUAACCUACCUCUUUCUGGAGAAAGCAUGUGUAUAUGUGUUCUUCCCCGAACUUGGAAAUAUGGAGCCCAUUAACUUUAUUUUAUGUAAAAUGAGACCCCUGCUGAUCUCAGUGUUUCAUGAAGUGCCAAGAACACGAGGAACUAAAGUUAUUGUAAAGUCAUGCUUAUAAUAAAAGGCAUCUUUAAAAGGA